AAAUCACGUGAAACAAUUACAUUAAACCUAGGUACAAGGUCUCUUAAUCCAGAAGCAGGGCCUCCUCGGACGUCGCUCGCAAGGGUUUCCCUGUGGUCCUCCCCGUGAGCUCGCACCGUGCCAGGUGCGGGUGCAUCUGAGGCCGCGUCUCACCCACUAGCGGCGCGGAAGCCCGACCCUCCCCCACAGGCUCCGGAGCCGCAGAGGAAAAAGCUCUCGCUCUGGCAGGAACCAGCGGGUCACGUGGGUCCGAGAUGGGGGUGGGGCCGAAGCGCUCCUGGUUGGUCACGUGUUAGGGAGGGCGGUAGCUAGGGGCGUGGCCUUCACACUCGAGGUCUGGGCCCGGAGAGGCUCUUCGCGGGCCACGCCCCCUGGGUCCGCGGGACUCGUGAGCGGCAGCGGGGUGGAGCCUUCCUCGUGACCUUUCACCCCAGCAUGGCUGCGCCCUUGCGACCCGUGAAGUUCUGGCGACCGGGUACAGAGGGGCCAGGUGUGAGCAUCUCUGAAGAGAGACAAAGUGUUGCGGAAAACUCUGGGACAACCAUCGUUUACAAUCCUUAUGCUGCCCUCUCCAUAGAGCAACAGAGGCAGAAACUGCCUGUGUUUAAGCUUAGGAAUCAUAUUUUAUACUUGAUAGAGAACUACCAGACAGUGGUGAUUGUUGGAGAAACAGGAUGUGGGAAGAGCACACAGAUUCCUCAGUACCUGGCAGAAGCUGGCUGGAUGGCUGAAGGAAGAAUAGUUGGAGUGACUCAGCCUCGCAGAGUGGCUGCUGUGACAGUUGCAGGGAGAGUAGCUGAGGAAAGGGGUGCGGUACUGGGCCAUGAGGUGGGCUACUGCAUCCGCUUCGAUGACUGCACCGACCCACUGGCUACGAGGAUUAAGUUUCUUACUGAUGGAAUGCUAGUCAGGGAAAUGAUGAUUGAUCCAUUGUUAACAAAAUACAGUGCCAUCAUGUUGGAUGAAGCCCACGAGAGGACCUUGUAUACUGACAUUGCUAUUGGCUUGCUAAAGAAGAUUCAGAAGAAGCGGGGAGAUCUUCGACUGAUUGUGGCUUCAGCUACUCUGGAUGCAGAGAAAUUUCGAGAUUUCUUUAAUCAAAAUGAAACCAGUGACCCGACCAGGGAUACAUGUGUGAUCCUUACAGUGGAAGGACGAACAUUUCCAGUGGAUAUAUUUUAUCUACAAAGUCCUGUUCCAGAUUAUGUCAAAUCAACUGUGGACACUGUGGUGAAAAUUCACCAGACAGAGGGAGAUGGAGACAUAUUAGCCUUUCUCACUGGCCAGGAAGAAGUAGAAACUGUUGUGUCAAUGCUGAUUGAGCAGGCCAGAGCACUAGCUCGCACUGGGAUGAAGAAACACCUCCGGGUUCUCCCCAUGUAUGCAGGACUGCCUUCCUUUGAGCAAAUGAAAGUGUUUGAAAGAGUGUCACGCAGUGUGAGAAAGGUGAUAGUGGCUACCAAUGUGGCAGAAACCUCCAUUACAAUCAGUGGCAUUGUAUAUGUGAUUGACUGCGGCUUUGUGAAGCUGCGAGCCUACAAUCCCAGGACAGCUAUUGAGUGCUUAGUGGUGGUGCCUGUGUCCCAAGCAUCAGCCAACCAACGAGCAGGACGUGGUGGACGCAACCGCUCAGGAAAGUGUUAUCGCCUUUAUACAGAGGAAGCCUUUGACAAUUUGCCUCAGUCUACUGUUCCUGAGAUGCAGCGCAGCAAUUUGGCCCCUGUCAUUCUGCAGCUGAAAGCACUAGGGAUUGACAAUGUCCUCAGGUUCCACUUCAUGUCGCCCCCUCCAGCACAGUCUAUGGUUCAAGCUUUGGAGUUACUCUAUGCCCUGGGAGGUCUAGACAAAGACUGUCGCCUUACUGAGCCACUCGGCAUGAGAAUAGCAGAAUUUCCUUUGAAUCCUAUGUUUGCCAAAAUGCUGCUUGAAUCAGGGAACUUUGGCUGUUCUCAGGAAAUUCUAAGCAUUGCAGCCAUGAUGCAGAUCCAGAAUAUCUUUGUGAUCCCCUCAAACCAGAAGUCUCAGGCAAUCCGAGUACACCGAAAAUUUGCUGUGGAGGAGGGUGAUCACCUCACCAUGCUCAAUGUAUAUGAGGCGUUUAUCAAACAUAAUAAAAACUCUCAAUGGUGUCAGGAACAUUUCCUGAAUUACAAGGGUCUUGUCAGAGCUGUGACUGUGAGAGAACAGUUGAAAAAGCUGCUUGUGAAGUUUCAGGUGCCCAAGAUGUCUAGCGAAGGUGAUCCAGAUCCAGUCCUGAGGUGCAUUGUUUCUGGAUUCUUUGCAAAUGCAGCAAGGUUUCAUUCUACUGGAGCUUACAGGACCAUCCGUGAUGAUCAUGAGCUGCAUAUCCACCCGGCAUCAGUCCUCUAUGCAGAGAAGCCACCUCGCUGGGUCAUCUACAAUGAAGUUAUACAGACCUCUAAGUAUUACAUGAGAGAUGUGACUGCCAUCGAAUCUGCUUGGCUGUUGGAGCUGGCUCCACACUUCUAUCAACAAGGAACGCACCUGUCCCUGAAAGCCAAGAGGGCCAAGGUCCAGGACCAGUGAGUGAAUGCAGCUGCUCAGUGUCCUCUGUUCCUUGCUGCCCUGGCUGAGCUGGCACAGUUCAUGUGAGACCUGCAGAAGCGCUGGAGUGUGUGCGGCCACUCAGCAGCCCCUUUCAUCCUGCUCUCCUCGGCAUUUGCAGUCCUUGCUGGGAAUGCAGAGGAGCCUGUGUGGGCGGGUGUCCGGCCGCAUGGCUCCCAGGCAGAGCGGGGGCGGGCUGAGCUGUGCUCUUGGCUCCCUCAGCACGCUUACAUACCUGCUCACAUACCCGGUGUGCCACCUCUCCAGGCGCCGGCCUACCCUGCACAGGGAGGAGGAGGAAAGUUAGCCUCUGGAGGCUGCCUUGUGUGAUGUACAGCGCGCCGUAGACACAGGUGUGCUGGGCUGGC